AUGUUUCAUUCUUUCGACGCACCUUCUGGCGAGAAGACCUUCGAAUCCGCGCAUGACACCUCGAAGAUUGACAUCCUCAUGCCGGACUCUGACUCGGCUCCCAUUGACGUCCAAACUGGCGGUUUUGUCGCCUGCCCACCAUCCCCCUACUGUCCGGAAAGCUGCGGGUUGGCAAAAGCUGACUCUUCUUCUCCCUGUUUCGAGUGCCAAUGCCCCCAGCGCAGUUCAGAAAGAAGUCUUUUUUCUUGGCCGCAAGGUGAGCACAUCUUCACGCAUUCAAAUAGCAUCUGA